GCCCGCGCAACUGUUUCCAGCGUAAAAUUUACUGUGAGAUGAAAUUCACCGAGUUGAACGAGUCCGUUGAUUAAACCCGGCACACUGGACGUUUUGGGGACUGGAGUCCGGAGCGGGUUUCCGGGGGUCGCGAUGCCUUCAGAGAAGAUGCGCUGGGAAACUUUAGAGGCGCUGAAAAACUCCUCGAAGGGGAAACUGCGCUUCGACCCGCUGUGGAGUGAGAGAGGAGAGCACAUCCUGUCCGGCUGUACGGAGGACCUCGGCCUGUCGCCGCAGUCCGGCCUCAUCUUGGAGCACCUGGGGUCACGACCCCUGCAGCGGUCCCCCUUCCUGAGCCCCAGCCCGCCGCCGUCCAGCCCCGGGCCGUCCCGGGACAGCCCCGCCCCCGGCCUUGGCCCCGCCUCCUCGUCCGGCUCGGUUCCCGACUCCGGCGGCAGACCGGGCGCUGCAUCGAAGAGCGAGUGGGAGGCCGUCAGUGAAGACAGUCAGGAGGAGCCUGCUGAGCCGGCGUCCCCUCCGGCCAUGUCCCUGCUGUCCCCCAGAGCCAUGGAGACGGCCGGACGCAUCGUCCGCUUCGAGCAGCAGUACCGGGACCAGGCCAAGCUGGCGCUCCGCCUGCGGCAGGAGGUGCAGGAGCAGCUGGUGGUGGCGGUGGCGAGCGCCGAGUCGGAGCACCUGAAACGCUUCGAGGAGCUGAUGGAGCUGAAACAGAGACAGGAGUUCCAGACCAUGAGGGACAUGAUGGACAGGGAGACGAAGGAGAGCAUGGGUCGUCAGGAGAAGCUGAAGGAGGAGCAGCGCCACAGGAUGAAGAUCAUGAACCUGCGCCUGCGGGAGGCGGAGCAGCAGCGCCUGCGGGAGGCGGAGCUAGAGAGGCAGCGGCAGGCGGAGGGCCGGGACCGCCUGCGCAGCCUGAACACCGUCCAGGAGGAGAUCCUGCAGCUGAACCAGCUGCUGGAGCCCGGCUCCGCCCCCAGCUCCGCCCCCAGCUCCGCCCCCAGCUCCGCCUCCGCCCGCGGCAACCAGCUCUGCUCCCAGGUGUCCGAGGUCGUCCGGAAGACCACGGAGGGGGAGUUCCCCAGCGUGGAGGACAUGGCGGUGGCGGAGCGGGCGCUCCACGACAUGAGGACGCUGAUCCGGCUGACGCAGGAGGAGGCUGCCAAGGCCCGAGAGGAGGCCCGGCGGGCGCGGGAGCAGGAGGAGGAGCGCCGGAAGCGGGCGGAGCUUCAGGCGCAGCAGGAGGCGCAGGAGAAGGCGGCGCAGACGGCCCGAGAGAAGGCUCAGCGGAGAGGACUGCAGAACAGCGCCGAGGACGCCACCCUGCGGUGGUACCGGGACCUGCAGGAGGCGGCGGCGGCGGCGGUGCAGAGCUUCCAGCAGCUCAGCUGUCCGCAGGACGCCCGGACCAAGAAGCUGAAGCUGGAGCUGCAGAAAGCCGCCACCAUCCCCGUCAGCCAGAUCUCCAGCAACUCCGGAUCGCAGCUCCGGGAAAUCUUCGACAAGCUGGACAAGCUGCUGUCGGGCCGCUCCGUCACCACGGGGGGGCAGGCGGCGUCCGCCUCCCAGCACCCCCAGGGGCUGCGCUUCGUCAGCUACAAGCUGGCCGAGAAGUUUGUGAAACAAGGGGAGGAGGAGGUGGCCUCCCACUACGAGGCGGCCUUCCCCAUCGCCGUGGUGGCCUCGGGGGUGUGGGAGCUGCACCCCCAGGUGGGGGACUUCAUCCUGGCCCACCUGCACCAGAAGUGUCCCUACGCCGUCCCGCACUACCCCCCCAUGAAGGACGGCACGGCGGUGGAGGAGUACCAGAGGAUUCUGGGAUACCGGGUGGACGAGUCGGGGGUGGAGGGUCAGGACAGCUUCCUGAAGAGGAUGUCGGGGAUGAUCCGUCUGUACGCCGCCAUCAUCCAGCUGAGGUGGCCCUACGGCACCAAGCAGGGGUCCGGCCCUCACGGCCUGAACCACGGCUGGCGCUGGCUGGCUCAGAUGCUCAACAUGGAGCCUCUGGCGGACGUCACCGCGACGCUGCUGUUUGACUUCCUGGAGGUUUGUGGAAACGCUCUGAUGAAGCAGUACCAGAACCAGUUCUGGAAGCUCCUCCUGCUGCUGACUGAGGAGUACCUGCCCAGGAUUGAGGCGGUGACCAGCAGUGACCAGAGGGGCUCCUUCACCAGGCUGAGGCAGUUCCUGGAGACGUCGCUGAAGAACCGGCAGAUCGCUGAACCCAAAGGCCAGCUGAGCCCCGGGUUCUGGAGGAGCUGAUCCCGGGUCCUGGAUCCAGGAAGAGAGUCGACCUGCUCCCCAUCCUGCUUUCUUUUUUUUUUUAAAUUUUUUAAAUUUUUCGGGAGUCAUUCAGAUCAGCAGAGAUCUGGAUGUUGCUGUUUUGAAUCCACUGUGUGGAGCCGAGGUUCGAUCACUGAGCAGACGACACCUGGAGAUGGAUUUUAACGUGUGUGUGUGCGUGCGUGUGUGUGUGCGCACCAAGCUGCAGGUCAUCUCCGUCACACACUCCAGGUGUGAGGAGAUGGAGAAGGCCUCUUCCAGGAAAAACUCAGACGUUCACGUCUCCUGAAAGUCUAAAUACAUUUUUAAUUUACAUUUCAUCUCGUCCUCCCUUCGCGCCGCCGACACAUCAUUUGUCAUUUUCACAUUAAAUUCUUUUCUGGUGGA